AUGACGUCCAGCGAUGGAGGACUGCAGUCGUGUCGCCGGCAGGACAAUCGCAACAGCGGCGGCGGUGGCGGCCAAAACCUGCCGAUAAUAAUGGCCACCGGUUGUCGGAUGCCGCGGUCGCCGUCUCGCGACAAGGACUUUGCGUCGUGCGCCGCCUCCAGGACCUCCACCGGCGCCCAUCAACAGCAACAACAGCCCUUCGCCACCACCGCUGUCGUCCUGAACCGCGUCACCAGCUCUUAUCCCGAAGCGUUUUUCAAAAGGAUGUCACAGGACAUAACUAAUUCGGUGUGGUUCGAGGAAGAGAACGAUUUGAUAAAAAGCUGCGGGGCACUGCAGUCGGCUCUCGGUCUGUCCAAAAGCUUCAGCACCAGCGACAUUGCGGACGCGACCAGCAUGGACACUGGGUGUUGGCUCGCGGACACCGAGGACGUCCGCAUGCCGCACAGCGCUUCCGAGCUGGCCAUAAACAAGUUGCGCAUAAACUCGGACGUGCUUCUGAUGGCCACCAACAUGCAGGGCCGGUUGGGCAACACUUCGCGGUCGCUGUCCACGUGCGUGGUGGUCGGCGACAUGGCGUCUACGUCGCAGCUGCCGUCGCCGAGUCGGUACUCCAGCUCGCUGCACAACAGCUACGCGUCGUCCGCGUUCAGUCCCACUGACCUCGUGAGAUCCGUCAACAAAAAGGUGCGGCAAAACUAUAUUCAACGGCGUCUACUGAUUACUUACAAGACAUUGGAACGUUUGUCACUGAGCGAGUUCAAUUUAGACAAGUCGAGUUCUGGAGGAGGAGCCGACCACGUACCGGACCAGCUGCAGUUGUCCGACCGCAAUGACGCUACCGGAGCUGCCAUAGCCGCCGCCUCAGGGUCAAACAAAUAUUUGAGCGUACCGAGGACCGGCAAGCCGCUGUGCCCGGACGACAUUGCCGUGUGCACAGACACCAUAAAGCGAUAUCAGCCGAAGGCGUUCACCAGAUACGACAGGAACAUGUUCAUAGUCAACUGGCUGGAUAACAUCGAUCCCCAGAACACCACAGCGGAAGAUCAAUAA